UGCUGCUCAGGUUGGGGGCGUGGUCGCCGCAGUAGCAGGAGUCAACUUUCGUCACUUGACGCCCGGGCUGUGAAUGGCUCGUUUACAGACAGUCUGCACGAUCAACCCAAACCACGAAUCAACGACUUGUUUACAUCAGGAAUGUCCAUGUACAUUUAAAUCACUCAAUGCACUAAAAGUACAUUUAUCCCGCAUUCACACCAGAACUCCUGAUCAGCAGCAACCAAGUGUAGAUGUAGCAGUUCAAUUUUGCUGUCUGUCAUGUGGGUUUGCCCAGACUUGUUCUGAGACUGACAACUUUACUCACCUGCGUACUCCACACUUAAAAGUAAACCAUAAAGUCAGGUGCCCGUAUAAAGACUGUAACUUUGAAACCAGUAUCUACUCCACUUUCAAAGCACACAAGAGUAAAGUACACCGGGAACAGAACUGGAAAAGGUUUAAGUCAGAAAUCAUUGGUUUGGAUAAUGUAAGCAAUGACAGUGAUGCUGCACAAGACCAAAUUUCACAUGCUGAUGAUAUGGAGGAGUUAGAAGAUGUCAGUGAAGAAGCCAGUGAGAAUGAUCUUCGUGAUUUAGAAAAACAGCUUCAGCACACUUAGCAUCUCUUCUGUUAAAGUUGCAAACUGUCCUGCACAUACCAGAGAGUGCUGUGCAAGAAGUAAUACAACAGCUUUGUGAAAUCAAUAAGCUGUCACAGCCACUUCUGUAUAACAGAGUGAGGGCCGUACUAAAGAAAUAUUAUGUUGACAUUAAUGAAACAGUUGUGAGAGAGGUUACCAGUGUCGUGUCAGAAAGUAACAUAAUUGCAUUUUGUGCCAAAGAUGGAUCCCUAGGAACUGCUAAAAGGAGAGCGGCCUAUGUACGCAGAGAGUUUCCACUGGUGAACCCCAUCGAAUAUUGUGUGGAAAAAGGCAAAAAAUGUCCCUAUUGUUCUCAUGCUCCAGAAGUUGCUGAACAAUACUGACAUAUUAGAUAAAGCCAUGUCAGAAAAAGUCCAUGUCCCACAGGAAUAUAGAUCGUAUGUAGAUGGGCAGUGCUUUAAUGAAAACUCUCUUCUUGCAAGGGACGAGUUCACAAUUGCUCUUGGACUUUACAUUGAUGACUUUGAAGUAGCCAAUCCUCUAGGAACAUCAAAGCUGAAACAUAAAAUGUGUGCCAUAUACUGGGUCAUUGCCAACAUACCUGCAAAAUAUAGGUCAACGCUGAACUCAAUCCAGCUUGCACUACUGUGCAAUACCUCAACAGUCAAAGAGUGUGGUUACGCUAAAGUUCUGCAACCUCUUAUCUAUGAUCUAAAGUCAUUGGAGCAAAAUGAUGUUUACUUGGAACAACUAGGUGAGAGUGUGAAAGGCACAGUCUUAUAUGAUGCUGCUGAUAAUCUUGGUGCCCACUCCCUUGCAGGAUUCCUGGAGAGCUUCACUGUUGACAAGUUCUGCAGAUUCUGUUCGGCAAGCAGUAUUGACACUCAACACCAAGAUGGUGUAUGUUCUGGUUUCUUUAAACUCAGAGACAAAGACUCCCAUGAUAAACAGGUGCAGGAGGUGAGAGAGGACCAAGCACUGAGUCAGACUUAUGGUGUGAAAAGAGCAUGUCCUUUAACUGAGAAUGUUGAGCACUUUCAUGCGAUCACUGGUUACCCUCCUGACAUCUUGCAUGAUAUCUUGGAAGGCAUUGUUCCAACUGAGUUGUCCCUGUGUCUUAAAGACCUGAUAGACAAGGGGUAUUUCACACUAGAAAUGUUAAAUCAGGCCAUCAGGUACUUUAACUACACAUUUACUGACAAAACAGACCAACCUCAGGAAAAGGGAUUUUCCGCCAAAAGGACCAUUGCUGGAAAUGCCCAUGAGAAUUGGUGUCUUAUAAGGCUCCUUCCAUUUCUUAUUGGUCACUGUGUCCCUGAGGGUGACAACACUUGGGAAAUUGUCAUGCUUCUCAAAGAUGUGGUUGAACUAGCUGUCGCACCAAGGCAUACUGAGGAGACACUGCAUUUCCUGGACUGUAAGAUAGCAGAGCACAGACAGCUGCUGCUGUCAACAUUUCCAGAUUUUCGUUUAAGGCCAAAGCAUCACUUUGUGGAACAUUACCCUCAGCUUGUAAGGAAAUUUGGUCCCUUGUCUGAUGUUUGGACAAUGCGCUUUGAGGGGAGGCACAAAAAUUCUUUGAUGAACUUGAUCGUUUCUCUCCAAGGCUGAUGGACCUCUUUAGGAAGAAGAAAGGCCUGACCGGCCUGCUUUUGGCUGAGCUUUUACGUCAGACACAGACCACUGAGCCAACAGACAUCAGGUGCCUAUGUCUUCGGGGUCUGCCUGUCAUCUUGGCGGAUGAUUCUUCUGCCUUCUUAAACAUGUUCUGUAAAAAAAAUUUUUGUAAAUGUUGCAGGUGCAUGCUCAUUUGUCUCAGUUUUAGCCGUUAAUGAACAUUGCCACUAAUGUUCAGAAUUAUUUGAUCACCAUCAGUGGCUCCAUUAAAUCUCUAUUUUAUGGGCCAAUAAAGAUAGCUAACCCACUUUCAGUCCCAGUCCUAUUGAAAAGAAGUAGAAAAUUGCUUCCAGUAACUAAGGUUGUAUGAAUCCUUUUACAUUUGCCCAAUUUGUUUUUUUGACUUUACUGUCACCAGUUGGAAGUUGUGAAAAUGUUUUGGGGUCUUUAACUGAAAUGGGAGUUCUGAGUGCGCUUGUUAGAUUCUGGUUGCUCCAGUCAUCAACUAACUUAUUAAUGUUACUUUCAGCUGAUGACAGUAAAGUAAAAAAAAAAAGCAAUUAAGGUGAAAGGUAUUGAGAGUCAUAUGAUUCACAAAACCUAUACCUGCAACCUAUACUGUACAGAUCCGAAUAUGGAAUUUGAUAAAAAUUCAAGACUGGUAUCGUCCUUUAAUAUACUUUCAGUGCAGUUUAUAUUGUACAAUGCUUUUCAUUAUAAACAGUCACAGGUUCUUUUUAGUGGACAAAACACCAUUGUCUAACUGGCAUGUUUAUGUCCUCUCCUUGUCAAUACGUUUCUUUCACUGUUAGGAUGUAACUGACAAGGACUCGUACAGUCAAACUCCAGUGGGAAUUCUCUGACUUGGUCAAGAAAAUACCCAGCUCAACCCAUCCAGAGUAGGGAUCAUCUUAGAAGGGUCUGUGGUAAUGGAUGAACUGGCCAACCUGCCUCAGGCCUUCUGUGUCCUUUUCGGACUGAUCUAUGCCCUGCACCUGGACUAACCCAAGUGCAUGAAAAUCACUUUCAACUUUAUUCAGCUUUUAAUGACCAAACUGGGUAGAAUUGAGCUGGUACCCAAAAUUCAAACUUUGAAAAAACAGCUGGAAGCAUAAAACAGGGUUCGAAAUGGCUCUACUACUGCUCCAGAUUCGUUUGCCCCAGUUUGUAAUGUUGGACUUUUAGGAAAGUGUUUUUGUUAGAAUAGAGGCAUGAUGGUGCUAGACUUAAUGUUUUAUGCAAUGUUCAGGACAUGAAUGACACACAUUUUGCCACAAUUUCAGGCUUAUGAUUCAAGGUUGUUAAAGCAGGGGGCUCCAACUUGUAACUUCAUGCUGUUUUCAAAUAAAACAGUAAAAGAAUGACA